AUGCAGAAAAAUAUCUAUUACUCGGAUAAAUACUAUGAUGAUGAAUUUGAGUAUAGGCAUGUUGUCCUUCCUAGAGAAAUGGUUAAAUUAGUACCUAAAACACAUUUAAUGUCUGAAGAAGAAUGGAGAGGAAUUGGUGUUCAACAAAGUCGAGGAUGGGUCCAUUAUAUGAUACAUUUACCAGAGCCUCACAUUCUACUGUUCAAAAGGCCCAUUACCACACCCCAAUAA